CUUUAAAGUUCUUGCAGCACAGGAAGCCCCGAAUCUCUAUUACAAAAAGGGCAUUCAACCGUUUCUUCUCCAAACUUUGCGUGUCGGUCGAUCUCUGAGUUCAAAGAUUUUGAUGAUGCUUGAAAAUUGAAGGAGAGAGUGUUUGUGGAAAGACCUAAAGAAAAUGGUGUUGGUGUUAGCUUUAGGGGAUCUUCACAUCCCUCACAGAGCACCUGAUCUGCCUCCAAAAUUCAAGUCCAUGCUUGUUCCUGGCAAGAUCCAGCACAUCAUAUGCACCGGCAAUCUUUGCAUCAAAGAAGUUCAUGAUUAUUUGAAGAGUCUUUGUCCGGACAUGCAUGUCACCCGAGGUGAAUAUGAUGAAGAUUCACGUUACCUGGAGACCAAGACACUUACAAUCGGUCAAUUUAAGCUUGGAGUAUGCCAUGGUCAUCAGGUUAUUCCCUGGGGAGACUUGGAUUCGCUGGCAAUGCUACAAAGGCAGUUGGAUGUGGACAUCCUAGUGACUGGACACACCCAUCAGUUCAAGGCCUACAAACAUGAGGGUGGUGUCGUUAUAAACCCUGGUUCUGCCACUGGUGCCUACAGCAGUAUCACCUAUGAUGUAAAUCCAAGCUUUGUCCUCAUGGACAUUGAUGGCUUGCGGGUUGUGGUUUAUGUAUACGAACUCAUUGAUGGUGAAGUGAAGGUUGACAAAAUUGAUUUCAAGAAGACAGCCACUACAAACUCUGCUCACUGACCUUACUUGUGAUCUGAUACUACCGGUUUUAUUUCUUUGGAUCCUUCAUUGAUCUUAUAGAACCUUUGUUUUGUUACUUUUGUAUCAAAUUUCAGAGAUUUAGUUGAAUAGUUGGGUCGGGUGCUCAAGAAUAUGUUUGAGAUGAAUAAUUUUUGUAUUAUGUUUGUCACUCAUCUGCUUUGUAAAAUCUUGUGAUUAUGGGCCGAUGCCAACAUUACUGGGCUGCCAAAGUACCAAUAAUUUUUUGGUUUGGCAAUCGCUUGCGGUACCAUAAUUCAUCCUCA